CUGGUGAGUCCGGAUUGAUCUCACCGCCGAUUAUGAAAGUAUGAACAUUUCUAUGAGUACCAGUUGCAGGCAUGGAGAGUACAGUUAGAGCGAUAAGAGAGAAUGGAGGAAAAUGUUGUUGUUACUAUUGUGACAUUACAAACAAAGAAGAAGUGUACAAAGCAGCAAAGACGGUGGAAAUCGAAGUAGGCUCUGUCACUCUACUGAUAAACAAUGCCGGCUACGUGUACGGUAAAACAUUAAUGGACUUGCCUGAUGAUGAAAUUGAACGCACUUACAGAGUUAACAUACUGUCACAUUAUUGGACUACUAAGGCUUUCAUGAAGGAGAUGAUGAAGAAUAAUCAUGGUCACAUUGUAACUGUGGCCAGUGUAGCAGGACUUCUUGGAACUUACAAGUGUACCGAUUACUCAGCUACCAAAUUCGCGGCUAUUGGGUACCACGAGAGCCUCUUCAGUGAGCUUAGAGCUGAUGGGUACAAUGGGAUUCAUACAACCUUAGUAUGUCCUGCUUAUAUCAACACUGAUAUGUUUGUAGGAGUAACACCCAGAAUACCAAUGUUAGAACCCGAACACGUAGCUGAGGAGGUUGUAUCAGGAAUUUUAGUGAAUCAAGCAGUUAUUGUACUGCCGAAGACGACUAGGUUCCUGUUGCCACUUAAAUACUUAUUACCUGCAAAAUCCUGUUGGGCCUUGAUGUAUAACAUUUUACGCGGACCUCAAUCUAUGAUGACAAUGAAAGAAAAAGAGGAGAAACAAAUACUGAAAAACAACAACAACUUCGGAAUAAUUUCUAACAGUGCAUAUGCCCAGUAA